CGUAGUUAGCUACGUAGUGAUUAGGUCGCCUGCGUGGAUCUACAUUGCCCUGUACUGACGCAUCCAUAAAUCCACAUAAAGGUCUUUACAUUUACAACGCAGACAGAGAAUUAAACAGUUUAAAAAAUAAAUAAAUAAAUCUGCGCAGCGAAUAUUCGACGUGCAGCUCCGGCGUCUGCGCCCUGCUCUGCCGUGCGCGUGUAGUGGGCGGCGCGAGGCUGAGGGACACGUACGAGCCCGCAGUGACGGAGCGGGGGCGUCCGGGGUGUUACCGUGGGAAACCGGUGCUUCCACGUCGUUGCUCGUCCAGACCUAAUCUGUUUCUUGAUGCCCGCUCCCCGUACGCGUGGAUCGGACUGCGGGGAGCUGUGAGCCGUGAGCUACACGCACACCCGGGAGGAAAAUGAGGCUCGGUGCGCUCGUAGGUGUCGUCAGGCCCGUCGGACCCGUGGUCGUCGGGAUCUCGCUGGGCUUCACGCUGAGCUUACUGAGUGUGAGCUGGAUCGAGGAGCCCUGCAGUCCCACCGCGGCCGUGCACCAGUCGCUCGGCUUGCUCCAGGACGCGAGUCUGGGAGCGAGAAGACCCAAUUCCAUCUCCACCGGCCCUGAUGGAAGGGGGAACGAAGAUUUCCAGCCCCGGAUUAUUCCGUACAAGCCGGCCAAGAAGUCCCAGCCUCGGAAAGUUUCCAGGGCCAAGUACAUCAGCACAGAGCUGGGUAUCCGCGAGCGUCUGUUUGUGGGCGUGCUCACGUCCAAGAGCUCCAUCAACACCUUGGGCGUGGCUGUCAAUCGCACCAUCAGCCAACAUCUGGACAGCGUGCUGUUCUUCACGGGCGCCCGCGACCGCAAAGUCCCGCACGGCAUGUUCGUGGUCACCCAUGGCGAUGAGCGCCACGUCUGGAACAUGUACCAGACGGUCAAAUACAUCCUGAAGCACUUUGUGUCCGAGUACGACUGGUUCUACCUGGCACAGGAUGACACGUACACGCAGGCUGAGCGCCUGAAGGUGCUGGUGGGUCACCUGAGCAUGAACCGGGCGCUCUACCUGGGCAGGCCGCAGGAGUUGACCGGCAAGGAGGGGCAUGGACGCUACUGUCACGGGGGCAGCGGCUACCUGCUGUCUCGGACACUUCUGGUGCAGCUCCAGCCUGUUCUGGAGAACUGCAGGAAUGACCUCAUCAGUGCCAGACCUGAUGAGUGGCUCGGACGCUGCAUUGUCGACUACACUGGCACCAACUGUGUGGAGCAGCACGAGGGAUUGCGGUAUUCCCACUACGAGCUGGGGAAGAACUCGGAAACCAGUAAAGAGGAGAGCAGCCUCUUUAGGAAUGCCCUGACGGUUCACCCCGUGUCCGACCCAGAGCACAUGUACAGACUACACAAACACUUCACCCAGAUCCAACUGCAGAGAACAUACGAGGAGAUUGAGAAGCUUCAGGCUGAAAUAAAGAACGUGAGCGAGCUGGCCUUCGAUGGUAACAGCACCGUGACGUGGCCAAUUGGGAUCAACCCCCCGUUCGAGCCCAAGAGCCGCUUCGACGUGCUACGCUGGGACUACUUCACUGAGCUACAGCUCCACUCGUGCGCGGACGGCUCGCCCCAGUGCGAGCUUCACGGCCUCGACCGGCUAGAUGUGGCCGACGCCAUCGAGACGGCCGUGGGUGAACUGAACAGGAAGUACAAGCCUGUGCUCCACCUGCGGAAGCACCAGCUGCUGAACGGGUACCGCCGCUUCGACCCCACCCGUGGGAUGGAGUACACGCUGGACCUGCAACUGGAGGCCGUCAACCAGAGGGGCCAGAGCUGCUCCAUCGCCAAGCGUGUGCACCUGCUCCGCCCGCUGAGCCACGUAGAGAUCAUCCCCAUGCCCUAUGUCACCGAAGCCACAAGGGUCCACAUCGUCCUUCCCGUCACAUCCCAGGAGCGGGAGCAGGUGAGCCAGUUCCUGGAGGUGUAUGCCAGGAACGCGUUCAUGACGGGCGAGAACGCCGUUCUGACCUUCCUCUUCGUGUACGAACCCUUCGAGGCUCAGCGGGUCAACCAGGAUGACAUUUUCGCUGUGGUCAAAGCCCAGAUCGGUGACUACGAAAGGAAGUACCCCAUGGUGAAGAUCCCCUGGGUCAGCAUUAAGACUGAGAGCCUGUCCCUCCUCAAGUUUGUGGACAUCAUUUCCAAGAAGCACCCGAUGGACACGUUGUUUUUCGUAGCCACGGUGAAAACCAGCAUCGAGUCUGAGGUGUUGAACCGCUGUCGGAUGAACGCCAUCAGUAACUGGCAGGUCUUCUUCCCUGUGCACUUCCAGGACUACAACCCUGCCGUGACCCACCAUGACGUCCCACUCCCCAAGACGCCGGACCUGGACAAAAACGCUGGUCACUUCGACCGUGAUUCCUUCGGCGAGGCCUGCUUCUACAACUCCGACUACGUGGCGGCCCGCACGCGGCUGGCACCUGCCGUGCAGGAGAACGAGGACCUCCUGGAGAGCCUGGACCUGUACGACCUGUUUGUGAAGUACUCUGGGCUGCACGUGUUCCGGGCGGUGGAGCCCUCGCUAAGACAGCGCUACAGCGCGGACAGCUGCAACCCGCGGCUGAGCGAGGAGGCGUACCGCCGGUGCCAGCAGAGCCUGGCGCUCAGCCUGGGUUCCCGUGCUAGCCUCGCCAUGCUACUGUUCGAACAGGAACAGGGACACAGCACAUAAAACCCCUCCUCUCUACCCUGCACAACACAGCUCUGUGGGGAUUACUGUGUACACACACACACACCCUGGAGGAGCUCGGUCAUCAGAUACUGUAUGUAUACGGGUGUGUUGGAGAGCUGAACUAGAAGGUGCUGAGAUGUUCCACACGUGUGGAGGUUCCUGCUGACAUUAACACGCUUCCAUACAGUUCCAUUUUCUUCUCAUGUUGCUAAACAUGCACAUACAAAUAGAACUGAAAAGACACUGAAAUCAUUUUCACACAAACCGGACAAGGACUCGAUGCCGGAGUGUUAUAAGAGAUAGUCGCAGACAGAAAGAGUGAGCAUGUCUCAAAUGAGUCUGUUCGUAGUCUAAGUAACACUGCGUUAAUCUGUGUGUCCAUAACCCUCGUGUCAUUAGCACUCACCUCAUGUAAGCAAACACUGUUUAAUGUCUUGAGAGACUUCCACCAGUGCAGUUGUAUAGCUUAUGUACACACCGUCCCUGUGACCAGAUCUGUUCUUCCAGAUGUCUAAGGUCUGAGGCCUCUUUGUGAAAUUCUCAAGUUUGCUUCCCAUUUAAAAAUGUUGACUUUGGUUUCUCACACAUUCCUCCUUGCUGGGUGAAGUGUAGAAAUCUCACCAGAAUUUUGGUUUUGCUUGAAGCAAUAAAAUUUUAGAAAUGGGAUGCUGA